CCUCUGGAGCUGCUUGUGACCCAGGAGCUGAAAAUGAAAAACACAUGAACGAAGGCGAGAAGAUAACGGAAAUAAGCAGUAUCUUUUUUUUAAGUAACAGGAAUUUGAAAUACUGUGCUGGGAACACAUAUUUUAACAAGUAACAGACACAGGCACACUGGCAUGUCACGAACGUGUUGUUGACGGGGUAGUUCUGCGGAAGGUGUGUUUAUGUACUCGACUCCGCGCUGUCGUAACUGAAAGAGAAAGGGGAAGAAUAAACUCGUUUAUUUUUUCAACUCUGUCAAAAAUCCGGUCUGGAGUAUGCCUGCUUGGUACAUAGAGUGCAAAGAGGGCAUUCGUCAUCAAGGAGGAAGAUUGAGUUCCCACUCACUUCCUCUACCAGCUGUUGCCAUGGCGAUCCUCUUUGCAGUAGUGGCUCGUGGUACAACAAUCCUGGCGAAGCAUGCCUGGUGUGGAGGCAACUUCCUGGAGGUGACCGAGCAAGUAUUGGCUAAGAUCCCCUCCGAGAACAACAAGCUCACCUACUCGCAUGGCAAUUACCUGUUUCAUUACAUUUGUCAAGACAGAAUCAUUUUCCUCUGUAUCACAGACGAUGACUUUGAGAGAUCCCGAGCGUUUAAUUUCCUCAACGAGAUUAAGAAGCGCUUCCAGACAACGUACGGCUCGCGGGCACAGACGGCACUACCCUACGCCAUGAACAGCGAGUUCUCCAGCCUGCUCGCAGCUCAGAUGAAGCACCAUUCAGACAUCAAGGGCUCUGACCGUGUGACGGAGACUCAGACCCAGGUGGACGAGCUGAAAGGCAUCAUGGUCAGAAAUAUUGAUUUGGUUGCACAGAGAGGAGAAAGACUGGAGCUGCUAAUAGACAAGACAGAGAGCCUGGUGGAUUCAUCCGUCACGUUCAAAACCACGAGCAGGAACCUGGCCCGGUCAAUGUGCAUGAAAAACUUCAAGCUCACCAUUAUAAUAGCGGUGGUAUCCCUUAUUGUGAUCUAUGUCAUCGUCUCCGCAGCCUGUGGUGGGCUCAGCUGGCCAAGCUGUGUCAAAAAGUAACAGGCAGAGGAACGCACCAUAGCAUGGGGCCCCAUUGAGGGAACAGAACUGUACAACCGACCAACUGAUAACCAGAGCUCACCUUUAACCUGCGCCCGUUCCUUCCUUCCUCUAAUCCGUUCCCAUUCAAGGACUACUGCAUCCAAGCCUGCCUUAUUAACAGAAAAAGACCCAUCUAAACAAAAACACAUUUUAUAUACUCAUUUCAUAUAGACGUGGACUCUACAAUCAUUGUACAGAUUGUGAUUUAAUUGCAGUAUUCUAGCCUGAUUUACUGUGAAGGUUUAAAUGUUGUUCUAGAUUUCAGUUCUAAUCUUGUAACUUUUCAGUCUUAUGAAAGAGUUGAUCUAAUGGUAGCCAUUGUGUGAUAAAGCAGGGAAUAUACUACGACUACCAGCUUGUUUCCCAUGUUUCAGAUUUGGUUCCCUUUUUUAAUGUAGUGGUAUAUCCUCAGUAAACCUGGAUGCACAGACUGUAGCUUUUAUUUAUAAAGAUGGAGACAGAGCUGUCCAAUCCCACUGAACUAAAUAGAUUAAUACAUGAAAACACAGUGAAAAGGCAAGACCCAGAUGUGCAGCUGCAGAUGAAAGAAAAUAGUGAGCUGUGUACAGGAUAGUGGAAUCUGAAAUUUACAGCAACAGUCACUGCAGAACGUGCACUGAAGGUCAUACUAGUCAUGUGAGCCCCAAUCCUGAAAGCGCAGUCGCUCAAAAAACAGUGACUGACGUUCUGAUUUUGAGGAUAUUAGUUCUGUAACUUGUUCUGUGAAGUUGCUCUUCUCUACAUCAAUCAAUGGAAGACUUGAAUGAAAAGGUAGCGUUUUUUUUUAAGAAGCAUGUAUUAUUUAUUUCUUUAGCUUUAUUUUUUUUAUGUAUUGACUGUAUUGCCUCCAACUCCCUUCUCCUCGAUGGUAGCAGCAACCCAUGUGAUUAAUUUACCAACCUGUAAAUUGGCUAAUAGUUAAGACCUCUUAUGGCUAUAAUAUAAAUGACUGGUUUUGGCUCUUUUCUGUAAAUAAAAUAAAAUAAAUAUAUUUAAAAAAAA